AUGGAAGAACCCACUCCUUCAUACAAGAUUAUUUUAGUUGGUGACUCUAGUGUAGGUAAGACUUGCAUCUUUAGUAAAUACAUUAAGAACUAAUACCCAAAAAAUGUUGAACCAACUUUAGGCUAGGAAUUUAAAACAAAACCUAUUACUCUCCCUGAUGGAAAAUUAGUAAAAGCUAACUUAUGGGAUACCGCUGGUUAAGAAAAGUAUAGAUCUUUAAUGGCAACAAACUACAGAAAGGCUGUUGGAGCUAUUUUAGUCUAUGAUAUUACUUAAACACCUUCAUUCACAAACCUUUAACAAUGGCUUCAAGAUAUUAAAUUAUAAGCUGAACCAGAUGUAGUAAUCACAUUAAUAGGUAAUAAAACUGAUUUAGAAUCUAGUCGUAUGGUUAGCACUGAGCAAGGAUAAAAUUUUGCUAAAUAAAAUAAUUUAAGCUUCUUUGAAACAUCUGCCCUCAACGGAGCAAACUUAGGUUAAAUUUUUGAAAGUCAUUUAUUAGAAAUUACUAAUAAGAAGAAAUAGGCUUAAUAAUUACCUCAAGGUACUUAGCCUGUUGCUAUUAGUAAUAACACUUAAAAAUAACCAAGUUCAGUCCAAAAUCAACCCUCUCGUGAAAUGGGAGAAAGUGGUUGCAAAUGCUGA